ACUUUGGACAUAGGGGGGGUAUAGGUGCCCUCUCCUGUAGCCAGACUUGCUGGAUCCCGAAUCAGGAGGAAGGUCAGGGCAGUGAGACGUUAGGAUGUCUCUCAUUUGCCUGUCAGACUAUGAAGCCUACGCAAAGGAUCACUUGCCUAAAGCCAUCUGGGAAUACUACGCUGCUGGGGCUGAUGAGUGCGCUACACGGGACGACAAUCUACUGGCAUUUAAACGGAUCCGCCUGAGACCUCGGAUGCUCAGAGACGUCUCGGCGACAGACACACGGACCACAGUUUUAGGGACAGAGAUAAGUUGUCCAAUUGGCAUCGCACCCACAGCUUUCCACUCCUUGGCAUGGCCAGAAGGGGAAACGAACACUGCCAGAGCGGCUGAGUCCCUUAAUCUAUGCUAUGUGGCCAGCACAUAUGCCACCUGCUCUGUAGAGGAAAUUGUGGCAGCUGCACCUGAGGGCUUACGAUGGUUCCAACUCUAUGUCUACCGGGACCGUAAAUUGUCUGAGCAUUUGGUGCACCGGGUGGAAGCUCUGGGGUUCAAGGCUUUGGUGCUCACUGUGGAUGUUCCAUACACUGGAAAGAGAAGAACUGACAUCCGCAAUAACUUCCGCCUCCCACCACACCUCAAGGUCAAAAACUUUGAGGGAGUUUUUGAGGAGCACCGUGGCCCUGAUAAUUAUGGUGUCCCAGUCAAUACCCUUGACCCGUCCAUCAACUGGAAGGACAUUCAGUGGCUUAAGAGUUUGACCCGCCUUCCAAUCAUUAUAAAGGGAAUUUUAACCAAAGAGGAUGCAGAGUUGGCAGUGGAGCAUGGUGUCCAAGGGAUAAUCGUGUCCAACCAUGGGGGACGUCAGCUUGAUGGGGAACUUGCAACGAUUGAUGCUCUGUCUGAGAUUGUGGAAGCAGUACAGGGUCGGAUCGAGGUAUACGUAGAUGGAGGGAUUCGGACCGGAAGUGAUGUGCUGAAGGCGCUGGCCCUUGGAGCAAAGUGUGUGUUCAUCGGGAGGCCCAUAGUGUGGGGUCUGACAUAUAAGGGAGAAGAGGGAGUGCGAAGUGUUCUACAGAUCCUGACAGACGAGUUCCGUCUCUCUAUGGCACUCUCAGGAUGUCGAAAUGUCUCUGAAAUCAAUCGAAAUCUCAUCCAGUUCUCUAAACUUUAAGCUUCCUGACUGUACUGACUGAGGUGGAAGGAGGAACUGAAGCCCUGUCCAGCAGACACUAUACAAAUAUACUAACUGUCAAUGAGCGACAAGUAAAAUAUCACUUUUGUUUAUCAACAUUCAAAUUUGACUUUGUGAGGUCAUAGGACAAAUCUACAUCACUUGGUACCUUAUUGUGUCUUAACUGUUGUAUUGUACUGAUUGGCCGCAACCUACAACUUUAUUUAACUCUAUUUUAUAACAGCCUGUUUUAACCCCUUGACUGCCAGAGAAGAAAGCAACACAUUGCCUAAUACAAUAACAAAAUGCUCGGAUUUGGCAGAUUAUUAGACUCAUUUUCCCAAGUGAUUAAACACAUUAAGAGUAUUAUAAAACACCUUGUGAUUGUAAAUAACAUGUUUCAUUAUGUGCAGUACAAAAAUACAAAAAUAAACAAAAA